AUGGGUGGAAUAUCAAAGAGUAAUGGUAAUCAAGAUGCAUCUAAGCAAGUUUGUUCAAGUGCUAUUACAUGGGCAAUUCAUGGCUUACUUCUCAAGCCUGGAGAUUUGAUUGUCCUCCUUGGAGUUCUUCAUCAGGUUAAUGAUCCUACUAAACCUGUAUCUGUCAAGGGGACAAGGAAGCUAUCAAAUCACAGCAUUGCUGAUAUGGAAGCAGCAAUGAAGGAGUUUGAGAAUAAUGCUGAAAUAUUAGAAAUUUCCAAGGUCUGCAAAGCUGAAAAGGUUGAGUUUAGGGUGGAAGUAACAUCAGGAACAUCACCAGCACUUGUGGCUAUGCAAUCAGCACAAAAUAUGAAGCCAACAUGGAUAAUUCUAGACAGGAAGAUGAAGAAAAACAAGAAAAUCUUCAUGGAAAAGCUUUCGUGUGGCGUAUCGAGGAUGAAGAAAAACAAUGGCAUCAAGCUAUUACGAGGACCGACAACAAAGUUUUGUGCAACUUAUGAUGAUAUGAUGCCGGGACUCCUAGAUGAAGAUGAUCUUUUCAGCAUUGAACUUUUCCCAACAGGUGGAUCGGAUGGUAAUGAAGUAAGUGAAAACCAGAGACUUGUAGAUACCAGCAUUUCUUCAAACACAAGGUUGCAGGCCGAGGAAGCCCUUUAA